UGUACACACACACACAGACAUGUACAUACACACAUACACAUGUGUACACACACACAUGUACACACACACACAUACAUGUUCAUACACGCAGACACAUGUACAGGCAUACACAGACACAUGUACAUACACACAGACACACACAAACACACACAUCCCUAUAAAAAGUUGCAGUACUUCGUUGUUCACACACAGAGCCGGGUACUGCACUCUAGGGGGAGGCAGAGAGCACAGCACACACUCCUUGCUUUGCUUUCACUGCGCUCAGUUACUGAGCAGUCUGACGGCUCCCAGUGCCACUGACAGAUCCGGCCUGAGCUCCGAGCCUGCUCAGCAAGACGGCCCUGGGGGACGCAAUCGCCCCCCACCAUAAUUUCCACUCGCCAUUGGCAAGCAGGCGAGUGGAAAUUUCAAGGCCUGCUUUA